CUCACUAGUGUCAUUUGCACGUUUUGCAUUAUGGGAUAACCACGCAACUAGUUGUAUUAUCGCAUGUUCAGGCGUGACAUGGAGAUAUAAUAUACUGAAACGUGCUUUGUAAAGAAAUGUUAAUUAAGCGAAUGUUGCAGGGGAAACUGUAAGACAGCGUUACAUGUGUACAAGAUCUAAACGCUAACCUGGCCUAAGCAGGUCUAAUUAGCCUGCGAGGUAACUAGCGAGUGAUAUUUAGUGAAUAUUAAUUCUGCAUAAACAUGAGCUCUGCACCGGGGCAGGGCACAACACCCAUCCCGGGUUCCUCCGACUCUUCCCUGGGACGCUUUUCGUUAACGGGCAACCUCCGGCGACUCUUCAGUCAUGUGAAGGUAGAAAAUUUAGCAGCCGGCCUGAGUGGCGGUGUAGUGUCAACCUUGGUGCUGCACCCUCUGGAUCUUGUCAAAAUUAGGUUUGCAGUGAGCGAUGGUCUGGAGCUGAGGCCGAAGUACCGCGGGAUUUGGCACUGUAUGAGGAGCAUCUGGCAGCAGGAGGGAUUACGAGGCCUGUACCAAGGCGUGACCCCUAACGUUUGGGGUUCCGGCGCUUCAUGGGGCCUCUAUUUCUUCUUUUAUAACGCCAUCAAGGCUUACAUCAAGGAGGGCCGUCAGACGGAACUAAGAGCUACGGAGCAUCUGGUCGCAGCUGCAGAAGCAGGGGCAAUGACACUCUGCCUUACCAACCCAAUCUGGGUGACCAAGACCCGCUUGGUUCUGCAGUACAGCACCGACCCGAGCAAAAAGCCGUACAAGGGCAUGGUAGACACGCUAGUGAAGAUAUACCGUCAGGAAGGAAUCCCAGGCCUGUAUCGGGGCUUUGUGCCAGGCUUGUUUGGGACGUCUCACGGUGCCCUGCAGUUCAUGGCGUACGAGGAGCUGAAGAGAGACUACAGCAGACACAGGAGGAUGCACUCGGAUGCUAAACUGAAUCCAUUAGAAUACAUUACAAUGGCUGCCUUGUCUAAAAUCUUUGCCGUGGUGACUACGUACCCGUACCAGGUGGUCCGAGCUCGCUUACAGGACCAGCACAAUAGCUACAGUGGAGUUUUGGAUGUCAUUAGAAGGACAUGGAGAAACGAGGGCGCUCUGGGCUUCUACAAAGGUUUGGUGUCCAACAUGAUCCGAGUGACACCAGCCUGCUGCAUCACAUUCGUGGUGUACGAAACGGCAUCCGGCUUCCUCCUCGGCCAGCAGAAAUGAGAUGGCGGACCAGGGGCUGAGUGUACCGAGCAAGCCCAGAGCAAGGCACUCCUCCUGGGGUAGAGGUCCCCCCACCCCCCAAACUCCACAACCCCUCCACAUCCGCAUGUCACAAACGUGAGCAGUAGUGGGGUGGAGGCUCCCGUGAAGGCGCUACUGUCCAGCACGCCAUGGCGAUAUCGGGCUUCUGCUCAUCACUGUGAAAGGUGGCAAAGUGUGUCGAACUUCAUGCUACAUUGGUUUUUACUGGGAGGCACCCUGAAAAAUGUGUGUGUGUGUGUGUGUGUGAGAGAGAAAACAGACAUGUACAGAAUCAUUUCAGUGCAUAUAUGUAUAAAGGGACUCUGCCCUUUAACAAUAACAAAUGAGAAACAACUAGAACACAGUUUUUAAAUACUAAUGAAAUAACUGGACAUAAUUAGGUGCCAAGUAUGUGUGUGUUUGAGAGUGAAAGAGAAUUGGAAGGUGCUGUUGAUUCAGUUUAUCUGACUCUUCAGUGGAAGGUAUUGAAUAAGGACACAACAUAGCAGUUUUUUAUAAUGGUGUUUACCUUAAAUGUACGGUUACAUCUGUUUUUUAAAUUCCCAAUGAAACAGAUUCAGGUGAACACAUUUUCUUUCGGUUCUGAAGAUCCUUUCAAAAAAUUUGAGAAAAAGUUUGAGUGCUUAUAGUAGGACAUGCUGAUAAUAAAGACAAUGAUCAAAUGUAUGAAAGUUGACCAUUUAAUAAAGGCCUACAGUACAUUUUUAAAGUU